UAUCCACUCGCUCAAGGCAUCAUCGACUCCGUCCGGCUGAAUGCCGUCCACUUCCUAUGGAAGAAAGAGUUCCCAUGGAUCGUACACCCCUCAAUCGACCUCAAGAACGUCAAAGACCUGCGCAUCGCUGAUGUCGGCUGCGGAACCGGAAUCUGGCUUUUGGAAGCCUCCGAAGAGUUUCCUGACGCCGACCGCCUGGAUGGCCUCGACGUGGUCAUCGACCAAGCGCCACCGAAACACCUCCUGCCGGCGAACGUCCACUUCGAAUACCUGGACGCAAACGCAGACAUACCCCAGCAAUACCUCGAACGCUACGAUCUGAUCAACGCGAAAUUCCUGCUCGGACUCGUGCGAGAUGGAAAUCCAAACCCGCUCAUCAAGCGCCUCCUCCAAAUGCUCAAACCCGCCGGCUACAUCCAAUGGUCCGAAACCGACUGGGCCACCGACACCUACAUGGGCCUCUCCGAAAACAACAUGACCAAAGACCAAAGCGGCCUGUACCGUCUCCGCGCGUCCGGCGCCCGAUACCUCACCAAAGACGCCCUCGCGUGGCCGAUGAAAUUACCAACCCUGCUGGCCGAUCAAGGCGUUACAAAUAUCGUGGAAGCACGCACGACGCUCGAGACGUUUGAUCGGAAAUACGGCCGGGCGUGGACGGAAGUGAUCGUGGCAGCGGCGAUUGAUGGGUUGGGAAAAUUACCGGAGGGAGAGAUGAAAGAUGAGAUGGUGAAGCUGAUUGAGGCUGCGAAGGAGGAUGCGAAGAAGGGGAUUGCCUGGGUGGCGGAUCAUCUGGUCGUGGUGGGAAGGAAG